AUGAGGAUGCGGAAGACCAUCACCGGAGGUGUCAUCUUAGAGGUCCCUGAGGACCAGGGAAGGGAGAAGGCCGCAGCGCUCGCAGCACAGCUGACGCGGGCUCUGGACCCGAACGAGGUCCGCGUGGCGACCCCCUUCCGAGCCGCGGAGGCAAGGGUGUCCCUGAUAGACAUAGCGGCCACCAAGGCGGAAAUCCAGAACACCCUGGCAAGGGAGAGCGGCUGCAAGCCGGAGGACAUCCGGCUGGGAGAAAUCCGCCCCGCCCGGAACGGACUUGGCGCCGUAUGGAUACGAGGCCCUGCCAGUGCAGUGAGGAAACUGGCCCAGGCUGGAAAGGUUGCCAUAGGCUGGUCGAUGGCGAAGGUCGAAGCCAUCAAACGGAGACCGUUACAGUGCUACAGGUGCCUUGGGAUAGGACACACGGGGAAGACCUGCACCGCCAAGGAGGACAAGGGGCACCUGUGCUUCAGAUGCGGCGAACCAGGGCACCAGGCGAGAGCAUGCACUACUGCGAGCCCGAAAUGCCUGCUCUGCGAGGCGCUUGGAACACCGUCGGUGCACAGGAUGGGGGGACCGGCCUGCGCCCCCUCGAAGAAGGGAACGAAAGGAGCCGCCCGCGGAUCCACGGCUGCAAGAGGCAGCGAGAAAGGCUCCCCGCCGCAAAGCGACCCUAAGCCCGCGAACAAGGAGGUAGGCACGGAGGAAGUCACGAACAAGGAAAGGCCACCAAGGAACUGA